AUGAGUCAUUCUUUCGCCGCGGAAUCCGCUUGCUGCCCGAAAGAUGGGAAAAAGUCAUCGCUAACGAUGGACAAUAUUUUGAUUGAUCUGGAAUUAAGAUACGAGUACUUUGACCUAUUUGUGAGUCCGCGACUAGAGAAGUUACAUGGCGCUUUCCACGAUCUCAUAAACGAAAUAGCUAAUAUUGCUCAAUACUUGCCGCCGUUACAAUCAUGGAUGCGAGUCAAAAAAAGACGAAGAGAAGAUAUGGCAGAUGUCAAUGUAGCUACGAACGAUAGAGUUAUGUUUACCUCACUGCCCAACUGGUAUAUGGACGAUGUGCAUCAACGUCUAAAUGUCAUUCUAAGGGAAUCCUUUCAGCCUUUGAAUGAUUACGUGCAAGAAUUGCGAUUACGAUUUGACAGUAUUAUACGUAAAGCACAAGAGGCUCACUAUGAUGCGAUGAUUGUCGCAAUGCAUGCCGAGAAGAAACAUUCUUUUGAGGGGUAUAUCGCAAAAGUUGAAGAUUACAAUCAAUCAAUACAAGCAAUAAACGGAAUGCCUGAUAAUGAGUACCUAAUGAUGACAAGGUUAUAUCAAAGCAUUGCAAAACGCGAUCUUGUUAUUCAUGCAAAUGAGCUACGGAAAUUCAUCAUUGAUGAAUUUGUCAAACAUCAUUGGAAUUACAAUCUCGAAAUAUGUGCUAUUUUUGAAACGAUAAAAGAUCGCGUGUUGAAUGUUCCACAGACCACAAGAGAAUUAUUAGAAUUAGGUCAAUAUAUGAUAAGAGCGACAUCAACUUUGAUGGUUGAGCAACAGGAUAAAAUAACUCUUUCUCUUCGUAUGAUGAGUUCAUUGAUUGAGAUGACUACUCUUAAUAAGCAUCAUGUUCAGUUAAACAAUACUACUGUUCAGUGGCUUAAACGUAUCAGACCUAUUUAUGAACGUUGUGCGGCGAUGUAUGAGCAAAUGAAGUUUGAGCUGGAAGAAAAUCUUCAAGAAGAAGUUGUCAUUUUAAACACACACGUUGAAGAUAUGUUUCCCAGGUUAAUUAUAAUGGAUGACAUGAACGAUGUUAAGCGUAUAAAAGAAUAUAUUGAAGACAUACGAAAUUUGGUAUAUCAAUUAGAACGCAUGGAAAAAAAAGCUGAAUGGAUAAACGCUGAAGAGACAUUAUUUCAAUUCCCGCUAUCACUGUAUCCUCGCAUCAAAGAAUUGAAAGAAAAUAUAUUACCAUUUUAUGCCUUAGUUUAUCGAGGUUAUCAGUGGCAAAGAGAUCGCGAUGUUUGGCUGGAUGGACCUUUCGAAUAUCUUGAUGUGCAACUUAUUGAAAACAAACUUAAUCAAUACUUAACAGACUUCACCAAAACCAAUAAACAAUACAAGACAAGAAUUAAGUUACAAAUGGCAAUCAAUUAUCCAUACAGUUUUGCAGGGUUCGUAGAUGAUCCUGAUCCCUUCCAGCAACCGGCACCUUUAAAAUUAUGUUACCAAUUAACAGAAGACGUAAAAUGGUUUAAGGUACUUUAG